GUCCUGUCCAAAAACUUGUGUCUGACCACUCUGUUAUUGGGGAGAAAGUCAAAAACAACUCAAACCGCUACUUCUUCACAUGAGUCAUGCAACUACUGCUCGGCAUCCAUUGAGGGCCGUGAUGAUAACCAUCUCAAACAUUUAAUUAACCAAAAAACAUGUCCCAAUGCCCCUGAUCGUACUCGCGCAGAAGUUCGUGGCUACCUUGCUACAAAAAAACGGACUCGACAUUGCUCUCGCUGACGAGCUACAAAGAUCAUUUGCAUGGAUCCCUCCCCUCGCAACAGACUCUGAUGACCAGGAUUAUCUUGCAGGUCCGGAAUCAAUUACAGAUGAGGAGUUGGUGGAUGGAUUUGAAAGAUUCGAGCGUGAGACGCGGGAGGCUGGCCAAGCGCGAGAAAAUGAUGAGGCAAGCGGUAGUUUGUUUGCAGGUGAUGUGCCAGAUGUUCUGGAUGGCGGCCUCGUUGACUGGAGUGAGCUAGAAAGGGUUAACAAAGGUAUCACACCAACUGGCUUCGUUAAAGAGACUGAGCUCAAGCACCUACGAGCUAUGCUCACUCACCUCCCAGACUGCAUCCCUCUGGGUAACUCCAGGUAUCACUUUAAGAACCUCGCACCUAAUCCAGAGAAAGUUGAGCUAUACGGCAGUGCAGAAGCAGCACUGAAUAAUGUGUUAGAAGUCACCUUUGCACCAAAGGGCCGCAAGGAUGAGUCUGCACCUUGUCCAUUCGAGUUUCAAGAGCGUGGGCCUGGCCUCAUUGUUGUUGUGGAUGUCCUUACUGCUACAUUGGAGGAGUUUCCAGAGUUGGCAUUGCUCCAAAAAUGGGCCAAGGAUCUAUGGCGUGCUGCAGUGUAUCACUACAAGUCUGCAAAGAAGAAAGUGGGUACAUGCCUUGUUAGAAGGCUCCCACACAGCACCUCCACAGAAUGA